UCACAAUCUUUCUUCCCUUUUAUCCAGGGAAAUGGGCUAUGAUGGUAUUGUGCUAGAAUCCUGGUCGAGGUGGGCUGCUUAUGGGAUAUUGAAUGACCCAGACCUGAGGAAUUCGGCACUGCAAUUUAUCAAGCAACUUGGAAAUGCCCUGCACUCAGAGCUUGAUAGCUGGAGAUCUAAGCAACCGUUACAACUGGUGUAUGUCAUUGGUCCACCUCAUUCCGAGAAACUGGAAAACCAGGAUUUUGGGCCAGAAGAUAUGCAGAGCUUGAGUGGUGCUGUGGAUGGUUUCUCGCUUAUGACCUAUGAUUACUCCAGUCCUCAUAGCCCAGGCCCCAAUGCUCCAAUGAAUUGGAUUCGUUCAGCGUUACGGCUAGUACUUGGCACCAAGGACAACAGCCUUCUUCCACUCGAGGCUGGCAAGAUUUUUCUUGGAAUCAACUUCUAUGGCUAUGAUUACAGCCUUUCAGGAGGAGGUGGAGCUAUCACUGGAAAUGAUUAUCUAUCUGUCUUAAGCAAGUACAAGCCUCUGGUGCAAUGGGAGGAGAUCAGUGCCGAACAUUUCAUCUUGUACACUGAUAACAAUCAAAACAAGCACGCAGUCUUUUAUCCAUCGCUGAAAUCAAUCUCCACACGUCUAGAGGCAGCUGGAUCAUUGGGAACGGGCAUCUCAAUAUGGGAAAUCGGACAAGGUUUGGACUACUUUUUUGAUCUUCUGUAAUAAGUCUCAAAUUUGCAGCGUUUCUGUACCUGCUUCUGGGAGACCACCAUAAAGUUUUGUUCACUUUUCCGCCCUUUUUGAGGCUUUAACUAAUUUAUGACUGAUUGAUGCAAAACUAUACAUUGGUUGGUUCUAUGCUUAAAGAGCUAAGCGAGCAAAUGUGAGUAAGCUAAGAUAGGAUCAU